AGUCAAAGCAGGUGCAUGCGCAGUGUGCUGGCAGCCGGGCGCGCGUGCGCACUCACCUGCUGGAUGCCCCCCCUCCAUCCGCGCUCCUCCCAGCCGGUACAUCCGGGUCACCGCACGCCCGCCCGCACGGCCGGUCCCCUGUGGUGCUUUGCGGCUCGCCCCCUCCCCCUUCUCCCCCCUCCCCUCAGUGCGGGCGGCUCCGGCGCUGUCGCCAUCCGCCCCUGCCCUGCGCGGGGUCCGCCCGGCCCGGCCCAGGGAGGCGGCGGCUCCGGCUCCGUCCGCAUCGCCGGGCGGCUCGAUUCUGAAGACAAGCUGCUGCAUCGGUAACCUGGGGAAGAGGAGUUCUCUGUUAAGACUGCAAGAAGAUACUACCAACUGAGUGGAGGCCAAGAACAGAGUGCAGCACUGGCUGUAGAUGCCCAACCUACAGAAUCUGAAAAGGAAAUUUAUAAUCAGGUGAAUGUAGUGUUAAAGGAUGCAGAAGGAAUACUGGAAGACUUGCAGUCAUAUAGAGGAGCUGGCCAUGAAAUACGAGAGGCAAUACAGCAUCCCAAUGAUGAGAAACUGCAAGAGAAGGCAUGGGGCGCAGUUGUUCCAUUAGUAGGCAAACUAAAGAAAUUCUAUGAAUUUUCUCAAAGACUAGAGGCAGGAUUGAGAGGUCUGUUGGGAGCCCUGACAAGCACUCCAUAUUCACCAACACAACACCUGGAGCGAGAGCAGGCUCUUGCUAAGCAGUUCGCAGAAAUUCUUCACUUUACCCUCCGAUUUGAUGAGCUCAAGAUGACAAAUCCUGCUAUACAGAAUGACUUCAGCUACUACAGAAGAACUCUGAGCCGUAUGAGGAUUAAUAAUGUCCCAGCAGAAGGAGAAAAUGAAGUAAAUAACGAGUUGGCAAACAGAAUGUCUUUAUUUUAUGCUGAAGCAACGCCGAUGUUGAAAACCUUAAGUGAUGCUACAACAAAAUUUGUGUCAGAGAAUAAAAAUUUACCAAUAGAGAAUACUACAGAUUGUUUAAGCACCAUGGCCAGUGUGUGUAGGGUCAUGCUGGAAACCCCUGAAUAUAGAAGCAGGUUUACAAAUGAGGAAACAGUAUCAUUCUGUCUGAGAGUAAUGGUGGGUGUCAUCAUACUCUAUGACCACGUGCAUCCGGUGGGCGCUUUUGCCAAAACUUCUAAAAUUGAUAUGAAAGGAUGCAUCAAAGUUCUUAAAGACCAGCCUCCUAACAGUGUAGAAGGCCUUCUAAAUGCUCUCAGGUACACAACAAAGCAUUUGAAUGAUGAGACUACCUCCAAGCAAAUUAAAUCCAUGUUGCAAUAACAAUUACCUGGAACUCGCACCUGCUGUAGACAGACAGUAUUCUGCAAUGACUGAGAUGCACAGAUUUUUUUUUAGUGAUUGCAACUACUAUCUCAUUCAUUCUUGCUUUGUAUUUUUUUUUCUCUCUUCCUGUUUUCCUUUUUUUUUUUUUUUUUUAAAAUCACUUUCUUGUUCUUAAGUAAGCUCAGACUUCUUUUCUGUGCCAAAUCAAAAAUUACAAUUCUGGAAAGUUUCUACAUUUCAGAAUAGCCAUCCUAAGUGGCAGCUAAUUAUGCGUUGUAUUUGGAUUUCUCUGUACUGGGGAAAGAUUUGUGACUUGAACUAAAUAUUUUUAAACUUGUGGUUUUUUCUUUUUUUGAAAAACUAAUAUUUAAUAUUGCUUCUUCUGCAUGGCAAGACUGCCUACUUCUGCUAUUUAAAAAUCCCUUGAUGACUUCAUUUUCUAUUGCAGCUUAUUUUCAUGUUGAACCAUGAGGAAACUAAAAGCAGAUUUGUUUAAAUUAACUGUGUUUGUACAAAAUGGUACCCGACACAAAGGUUUUUUUAAAUGAGUAAAAACAGUUUUGUUUAAAAGUUACGUUUGCAUUUUGACUCAUUUUUGUAAGGAUGUAUGUUGUAUGUUUAACCUUUAAUAACUAACGUUAAACUGUGGUGUGUGCGUAGCAAAAUUACGUAUGCAUGUUCAUGUCAAAUGAUUGGCUGUGGAUAAGAUAAUAAAAUCAGCUUUCAUUUUUCUAA